ACUUUGCAAAACAAGUAUGAAGUAACAACCCACCCCUGACCCGAGCCAAAACCCCUAAAAAACCAGUUGCCUCUUCUUCUACCUCUUCUUCUCGGCGGUCGAUCAAAGCAUAAUCCUAAAGCCGAGAGGAGGUGCUGGAGCGACGGAGAUGGGUACACAAGAGCAUCAGAUCGACCUAGGUCACCUUCUGGCCUUCGACCCACUUCACCACUUCCCUUCUCCCCCCUCUUCCAGGGAAGAGCUAGUGAAGGAGUGUUUACAAAAGGGCACUGAGCUAGUCCAAUCAAUCGCAGACACCCUUUUCAACUUACCUUCAACCGAAGACAUAGAUGGCCCCUUAGUCAAGUUGCCUCCGCCGACGACAAGAUUGCCUAGAGAAAAGCAUCUGCCUAAGCCUAAACCACCUACAAAAUGGGAGUUGUUUGCCAAAGCUAAAGGUAUAAAGAACCGCAAAAAAGAUAAAAUCGUUUACGAUGAGCAAACUGGUACUUGGAAGCGUCGCCAUGGAUAUGAUCGUGUAAAUGAUGAUGAAGAUAUACCUAUUAUUGAGGCCAAAAUGACUGAUGAAGCAGGAGAGGAUCCUUUUGCUAAGAGACGAGCAGAAAAGAAGAAACGAGUUGAAAAACAAGGGAAGAAUCGGUUACAGAAUCUCAAACAAGCUGCAAAAGUUGGUGCUUUGCCAAGCCACAUUCAACUUGCUGCCACAGCCUUACCUAUUACUGGAACCCAAACUGCCCCAAAGAAAGUCAGCAAAAAUGAACUUGAGGAUGUAGCCAGCAUGGCCGCCACUGCAACAGCCAGUGGUGGGAAAUUUGACAAGAAGUUGCCUGGAGAAAAACCUGAAAAACAUAAAGGAAAGUAUCGCAAGUUCCUGCCGGUAGUGGAAGGGACAGGAAUUGGAUCACUAGAGAAGCAGCAAACUGAAAAAAUUUUGAACAAGCUAAUCUCCAAGAAUUCCCAUGAGAUACUCAAUGUUGACAAGGCUAUUAACAUGUACAAUGUGAAGAAAGAGAAGAAAAGAAAGAAUCGACAGGGGAAGGAUUCAUCAACUUCAAGCAAGUUGAAACCAAAGAAGCAACUUCAGAAGAAGUCAUUAAAGAAAGGAACUUCCAAGAAAGGGAAGUCAAAAUGAAUGUAGUAUUUAUGUUCAAAAGGUGAAGAAAAGGAAUUUUUUUUCAUUUUUUUUCUCUCUCCUGUACUUCGGUCUUCCCUAGUUUAUGGAUUACAUUAUUACAUAAAACUUACAUAUCGGCUGACCUAUUUGAUAAAAAGUUAUAACAUACUUCCUACUCAUCAAUUUUUAUUAUUAUUAUUUUUU